AUGGCCGACACCUCGGAAUUAGAGGCAGAACUGCUCGCUGCUUUGGGAGUCUCAGGGCCUGCGACAGAACCGGCGGCAGAGCCUCCACUCAACAGCAAUCUACCGACCCAAGGGGCUGCCAACCAGCCUCCAUUCCAGCUUCAAACCCAACCUCGACCCCAUGAACGACACCCUGCGCAAGGGACAGUUACCGAACCCCCGCGUACACAAACUUUUUCGGCCUCUCCGGUCCCCUCGACCGUUGCGGAGACGCCUACUCCCUCCGUAUCGACACCGACUGUUGUCGUGUCCACGACUGUUGCGCCUACUGCUACCGAGUCUGCUACAAAUGCGGAUACAUCUUUGGAUACUCUUCUUGCCUCUGCUCUCGGCGCGCACUCCGCUGCGGAGCCGGCACCCAAGAUUUCGAGCCCCCCGGUGGCCCAGCAUGCCCAGCCGCUCUCUCAAACAUCAGUGCCUUCUAGAACCGAUGCGGCGCCCCAGAAGCCUGCGCUAUCCACGCCGGCCCCUGCCCCGGUACUGCCCUCCCAAGAAAUACCCGGGAUGCGCUCCCCGAAGCGCCCCAGGAGUCCGGAUAUCAUUGAUGAGAAUAGCGUUAAGCGGCAGAGGAUGGCGGACCAGGCAAUGCCGAAGCAGGAGACUACGACUGGGCCUUUGAAUGCGAGCAUCGACUUCGCGGCCAUGCUCAACGAUGCGCUUGCCAAUUUUGACCAGCACACGCUCCCCGGAGAUGGCGAUAUCGUAAUGCAAGAUGUCAAUGCCGAGCAACCAGCUGCGCCCGCGAGCACGAUAUCCGACGUUGAAAAGGCCGAGAAUAAGAUCAUGAAGGCGUCUAGCAAUCCCUUCUAUGUUAUGCGCUCCAUGAGCCUGCCAGUAUUGGGAAAUAUCGCCGUUCAGAUCUUGCUCAGGUUAUCGCAACAACCGCGCACCGAAACAGAGUCCCUCUUGGCCGAUUCUGGCUCCGAAUUCCGCAAGGCCUACGAUAUGCUGAGGGACAUCUUUCGGCCGACGAGAAAAGCCUUUUCUGACUCGCCCCUCCUUUCUCCGGACGAGCUCGAUAUUACCGAUUCCGAAGACCGUGAGACGAUACGCAUGUCAAACUUGGCCGCCACCGCCGCGAGCGUAUUUGGCGCUCAUGAUGUGGCUGUCCAUGACGUGCACGAUGCUUUCUUUUCCAUCUUCAUUCCCGAGGAUGGCGAAUACAAAUCGCCCUUGACCGACCUACUCGUUUCUCUCAAAACCCGCAUGUUGCUGGACGCCCUCAACAAGCCCGAGCAGUCCCAACCUGUCUCGCAGCUCCUGGAUGCGCUCUUCCCUGUUACUUUUGAGGAAUCCUUGAAACAGCGCAGCGGCGAUCUGCUUCUGAACCCCGAUGAAGAAGGGCUCGUCGCCCGCAUUCGGGAGACGAGGGAGCAGCUCGUGAAGAGCGCGGCCGACGAAUCUAUCAAGAGAUCCCUCGAGGACCAGUCAUCUAGUUUGAAGUUCACCGGGAUCUUGAGUACCUUUUUGCAGAGUCAUCUCGGUGUCAUCGUGGACUAUGCAGAGAAAUACGGUGUGAAUAUACCCUUGAAUGAGGAGGAAACUGCCCCUGUUCAGGAUUCGGGUGGCAUUCAGCAACAAGAGGAUGAUACCUUGGCCGCUCUUCUUCAAUCUCACUUCGAACAAACGGAGGGUGACCUCGGGUCGGGGAAGGCCCUUCUUUCCAACGGGACCAUCCAAGACCAACUCAGUUCGGCCGACGACGACGCCCUCGCGCUCAAGAAGCUGAUUGAAGAAUCUCUUUCUGGUCAUGUUCCCGAUCUAAAAGAGGCGCCGGCGGAUUCACAUGUUUCGACUGGGCUCCCUGAUUUCGGUUCUAAGGAUUUAGCGUCCUUGAUAUCGGAGAAACUGAAGAGCGAACUCGAGAUUCCGACCCACGGGUUUUCGAAUCAACCCCCGGCGGCGCACGCGGCUAACACCGGUGUGCAUUCUCAAUACAUGGCCCAGCUAAACCAGAACCACGUUUCGCCCUACCAAGCGUACAACCAGAGCUCAAACCCACCACCGCCAGCUGCAGCGAACGGCGACGGUUUACCGCCCAACCAGUCGAUGCCCACAGCUGCCCUGUACGAAAAGGCCCGCCAGGCAGCCGUGGCCAAAUCUUCAAACACCACGCGCCGCGAAGGCCUGCACUCUACGAGGCGGCCGUGGACGCCUGAAGAGGAGAAGGCUCUUAUGGCCGGGCUGGACAUGGUCAAGGGACCUCAUUGGAGCCAGAUUCUCUCGCUCUUCGGGCCCCAAGGAACAAUAUCCGAUAUCUUGAAAGAUCGGACGCAGGUCCAGCUAAAGGACAAAGCGAGGAACCUGAAGCUUUUUUUCCUAAAAACCAACUCCGAGAUGCCUUAUUACCUACAAAGUGUAACAGGGGAGCUGAAGACGCGGGCACCGGGCCAGGCAGCUCGCAAGGAGGCAGAGGAGAAAGCGCGCAUGAACGUGGAAGAGGAAAGGGCGAGAGUUCAGGGCAUCAUAACCCUGGCAGGCGGUUUGCAAAACAACCACCAUUCCGUCCCCAACACCCCGCUCGCCGCCUCCUCGCCGAAGCGGGCCAGCCCCGGCACCCCUGGGUUUGUAGGAAUGGGCGCUGGCUCGAACUCGAAUACCGCACACAUGGCAGCCGGGAAUGGUGCCGCGAUACCAGCGAUGCAAGGCCAGCCCCGGAUCAAAACCGAGCUGCCUGAUCAACACUCACUGCACAAGGUCACGGCAUUCCCUCCCAUUCAGCCGGCCCCGGCUCCAGGCCCGGCCAUACAGCAAGCGAAAGCUCCUUUGCCGGCUCUACAGCCUCAACCGGGCCUGCAGCAGCAGCCGAGGCCACAGGGCCAGCAACAAUAUCAGCAGCCUCAGCCUCAACAGCCGCGCCAGCAGGAAUUGCCAAGGACGCCGAUGCCAACGCAACAUCAACAGCAGCAGCAGCAACAGCAGCGCCAACCACUCCCGCAGCAUCAACAGCAGGCGCAACAGCAACCCCAGCCCCUGGUCCAACCGCAACACCAAUCACAGCCGCAUCAACAAGCGCGGCCACUUCCACCCACUCAGUCCAGGGCUCAACCGCAAGCGGUGCCUCAACCUUCGGCGCCGCAGAAAACACCCUCACAGCACCCCUUGCCGCAGACGCAGCAACAGCCUCGCGUUUCUCCCCCCACCGCCCAAAAUCAGCCCCUACCCACGCCGCCCAUCCCGCCCAACCACCACUCGACGCCCGAUCACGCGCAAGACGCCAAGUUGUUCGAGACGUUGCAAGCUGCCAUCGCUGCGUCAGCGGCCAACGAACCCCACGCCCCACUCGCGACGGCGGUAUCAGACGGCUCGACUGCUUUGAACUAG